AACGGCCCCUCUUCCUCUCAUUCCAAAACCCAAUCAUUACCUAAAAUUCGUAAAGCCAAAUCACAAAGCUUCCGCACACGACGUAGUCCCUCUGAACGCCGUAGUCCCAAUUCAUUCCUAGGGCAGGGGCCGUUGCCAUUAAGUGAAAUUAAGAAACGAAGUCCACUAAAUUCGCGAAGUCCGAUCCUACCGCAACCAGAUUCGAAAAGUCCAGGGAGUGUAUCACAAAAAACGCCUACAACAUUGUCACGUCAGGGAACACUGAGAGCGUCGCAUCGACGAAAGAGCAGCAUGACGGGAUCACUGAAUUUAUAUCAAGGAAGACGAAGUCCAGUGGGUUUUCUUGACCAAAGGAGCCCGCAGGGCAGAAGAAGUCCAGUAUUUUUGUCGCAUGACAGAGUUCGAAGUCCCAAUGGAUUUCCUAGUAGCAGCCCCACAAUUGAAAGGAGAAGUCCAACUGACCGACGAAGCCCAACUUUCAGCAUACAUACGCAGGAUAGACGCAGCCCUGUUACUACAGCCCCUAUCACAGAGCUUCAACGACGAAGUCCAACAUCAACCGUUCAUGUUCAAGACAGUCGCACUUAUGAUUUGACUCCCGAGGAUGGUGCACGCACACCCACAAUGAUGAUUCCUAUUAAGCGAUCAUCCAUUGGAUUAUUUACGCCCAUUCCAUUUUCAGAAAAACGCAGCCCUGUGUCAUCCUUGCCUAUUCCACCCAUAACAGUAUCCAACCCAUCAGAGACCUGCAAAAUCGUUGAAAGGAUGACUGAAAGUAUGAUUGAAUCGAUUGCCGAAGCAGCGGAAGAAAUCAAAGUUAAGGAGCCAGAAAAAGAAGUAACCGAAAAGAAAGAGAAGACCAGCGUAAUGAAGGAAAUAUUAGCCUUUGUGAGAAAGCCGUCAAAAAAGGUCACAACUCGUACAGGACGUUUCGCGGCGGCUUUCUCUCGUGCGGAGUCGGGGUCAGGAUCGGGACCUCUCAUUCGCCAAAGCACUUUCUCAUGUAGUCCAGCUGCAUCAAGUACAGCUGCUAAGAGUGCUGUAACGAAACAAAUGUCUGAAGUGGGAUUCGAACCAAAGAUGUCCUUGAAAUUCAGCCUUAACACAAAAAUGUCAUUACGUUUGCGUCGAUCGACAGCAACAUCGGAUGAUAAGAAGAAGGAUAAAGCCAAGACCAGUGGAGAUGAAACGACACCGUCGGGGGCGGAAGCUGAUAAGAAAUACGAACAACAGAUAUGUUCUUUUUUAAAGAACCUGUUGUUACCAUUUAUCCUGACGUCCAAAUAUUUUAAUAACAAUUAUCUCGAUAGUUGCCGUUUGUUGCAAGUUCUAAGUAUUGUCAUAAUUUAUUAAAAAUUUCCCUUAGACUAAACGUUUUGUGAAAAGUAGGGUACGAAACGCAUAAAACAGGCGGAUUGGCCCAAACUAGAUAAAUAUUCAGUGUUGGCUAUCCUCUAAACACCGUCCAUGGGAGACUUCUUUUGGCAGAUAGGCCUGUUUUGUGCCGGGCGUACCAAAAUGUGACACAUAGAUUAAUGAAUCUUACCAAAAGCUUUUAACUGGAGAAAACUUUGAAAUUUAUUGCUGAAGUUGAAGAUUUAAAAUCAUAAGUAAUAGGCACAUAAAAUUAACGACUAUUGCUAUUACUGUAGCGUUCUUAUACCCUUGGAACCACCAUUCAUAACGUUCUACAUUUUAUGGUGUAUGUGUGCAAUCCCCUAGAAAUCUACUUUAUUAUUUCGUAUUCAUGUCCAUGAGAACAACACAUUGCAUUGUCUCUUAAUUUUAAUCUAAAAUAAAUUGAUGUACGUUCAUUUCCUGGAAUCAGAUACAUAAAUAUAAAAAUCUUAAACAAGAAUCUAGUGAAUUAUAUCUGUAAGAAAUAAUAAUUUAAACGGCAUUGAAAGUGAAUAAAGUUUAUUUAAAUGUUU